UUGUGUUCAUCUCUAUGAACGACGCCACUCAAUUUGGAACAAUUAAGUUUUUAUUUUGUGGAAAGAAGGAAAGUACCCGUCAUGGAGGAAUCGCAUGACUUCCAGUUCGUUCUUCCCCUAAAAGCCUCCGACCUCACAAACUCCAGUGGGGACCACUACUAUGUGAAGGAGAUAUUCGGCAGCGCUGAGAUCCCCUCAAAAUUGCAAGAAUGCAAGCGCAAAGUUCACAUUGGAGAUCCUUUCUACAUAUUCGAGCACUUCGAUUUGUAUUACUCGAUCCUCGAAGACCGCAGCUCCAAUUCCACAUCCACACAGAACCUAAUGAGAUCCUUUGAUCUCCUUUACCUGACCGUGGACAAACUGUUCCAGGAUCUGCAGCCCCUGCUCACUGCCCCGGAGCCCAUGUCUAACCAGCAAAGAUGUAGCUACCUCAAUCUCACCAAGAUGACUCUGUACCUUCAAGUAAGCACCGUCAGGAAGAUUAACAACAGCGUCCAGCAGGCUCAGCGGGAUCAGGUGUUGAAUGUUCAGAAAAAGCGAGCAAAACAUGCGGAUGCCCUAGACCAGUUUCCUAACUGGGACGCUAAACGAGGCAAGUUCCUCGUGCAGCUCUUUAAUGUGCUGCAGUGCCCGCUGGAGAAGCUUUGGAAUCCGCCAGUCGCGGAGGAGGACUUUAUAUCCAUGCUCUGCGAUAUCUGCUACCGAACAAUAGAACUGCUGCCUCUUCGCGCAGAUAACAAGCACGUCUUUGACACAAUCUUCCAGAUCCUGGGAACCUCUAUUAAACGCUUCAACCAGGCCAUGACCUUCCCAGUUCGCAUUCUACAGAUCCUGCGCGGCACUGAACAUGCAUCAACAUCCGUCGCAGCCGGUAUUCUACUAUUGCACGAAGAGUACGGAAUCUCAUCCGUCUUUUCUAUUCUUAUCAAGAGCAUCGUGGACGCCCUGAAACUAGAUAGUUCCGAUUCAACGGUGUCCAAGCACUUCUCCAGUUUUUUGGCAGAGUUCUCAAAUAUUGCCCCUUCGUUGAUCAUCCCGCAUCUAGAAAAACUGGCUGAUGACCUACUAGAUUGCCAGUCGCACAUGUUGCGAAAUUGUGUUUUACAGAUUAUCGGGGAUACGGUGGUCAGCGAACUGACCUCGGAGGAUCUCAGCGAGGAGCUGAAGGAAGUGCGCAACGAGUUCCUUGAGCACUUAAUUGCACAUAUCUUGGAUAUAUCGGCACACGUGCGCUCCAAGGUGCUAAGCAUUUGGCACCACUUAAAAGUGCAGCACGCCAUUCCGCUUAACUUCCUGACCAGAGUGUUGGACGAAGCUAUUGGAAGGCUGGAGGACAAAAGCUCGCUGGUGCGGCGUGCUGCCAUGCAGCUGAUUAAAUCCGCCCUAGAAAGCAAUCCCUAUUCCAGCAAACUUUCACUAGAGGAACUGCGUGCAAAGCAUGAGCUCGAGGUAACGGCCAUGGAAAAACUGAAUGAAGUGCUCGAGGAAGAACGCAAACAGGAGGAGAAGCUGAAUGAUGAGUUUAGCUCUCUGGCGCCCGAACUUCUCCCUUGCAUAGAGGCUAACCUUACGGAGUUUCCCGACAUGCAGUUUGACAAGGAAGAGAGCGACGAGUCAUUGCUUGAGAGAAUAGUGCCGCUGAUGCGGGAAAAGAACUACAAGGAUGCCAUUGUUUUGGUGAGGAAGGUGGAUUUUUUGGCUGGAAACCAGAAUAUGAGCUCCCUGCUGAAACACGAAGAACAUUGCGUAUAUGUGCUGGCCCUGCUAAAGACAUAUCACCUGUUGGCCGCUGGAUUUAAACAAAGCAGCGAGGAGAUGCUGCAGCAGAUCAAAACGGUUCAGUUCCUCAAGGACAGCAUAGACUUUGCAGUCCUGAUGACUUCAGCAUUUCCCAAACUGCAUGAGAUGCUUAUGUCCAAGACGAAUACGGAUGUAUUUGAGGCAGUUGAUCUAUUUACCACCGGGUAUAUGUUCGGUAUCCACGGCACAGAGUCUGGAAUGCAGCGGAUGUUACAGUUGGUCUGGUCCUCAGACAAGGAGAAGCGUGAUGCCGUAUCCGAUGCUUACAAGCGGGUUCUCUUCUCCACAGACCAAACGGGUCGUGCUCACGCCAUUAAAGUGGUGCAGAACCUUUCCAAAUUUCUUUCGGAGAUCGAAUACGGCCACUACACGGCCAUGGAAUCACUAAUGGCCGAGUGGGUGUCCGGUGGUGACAUCGACGCCGCUGUAAUCCAGGUGCUCUUCGAGCGCUUCACCCUAAAAUUAGAGGGCACCACCGCCAACGAAUCUCGCCUGUCGAUCCAGCUCCUGAUCAUGGCCUCGCAAUCAAAAGCCAGCAUUGUUUCAGCCAACACCGCUAUCAUAGAAGACAUUGCUGUCGGAGAGCGGGUACGCCGAGACCCGCGAAUUUUCACCUCCUGCCUACAGCUGCUGGUUAACUCAAUCGACGCAAACAACACUGCAAAGUAUUACAAGCGCCAGAAUAGCGAUGCUGAGUUCGUGGGAAAAAUCACGCGGCUCUUCCUCGACUUCUUCUUUCAUAAGAAUUUAUCGGACUUUGAUGGUCUAGCGAUGAGCGUCUUUGAGUAUUUCUACAGAAUGUGCCAGGCUCCGGAUGUUAUAGCCCAGCAACUGGUGGUAACAUUGCUUAAGCGUUUCAACGAGAGUUGGCUUGUUAAGGAAGCAGCUGCUCAGGUUGCUUCUCCAGAAGUGGUGGAUAAGGAGAACGUUCGAGAAUCACAGCCGAUGGAGAUACCCUACUCACAGACCCUUCCAUCUACCCAGCUCGAUAUCUUAACCCAGACACAGGGCAGUCUGAUUCCCGUUUUUCUAGUCUCGCGAUUAGUCUUCUGCAUCGGCUAUAUGACCAUAAAGGAGAUGAUCUUUCUUGACAUGGACAUCUAUAACAACAUGAAGUACCGCGACGAAUUGACGGCCCAAGAAGAGCGAAAAAAUAGAAAUCAACAGGUUGGCAAUGCACCGAAUGCGGCCAGGCAAACCCUCAAUAUGUCAGCCAUGGAGGUGCGGAAGAGACUAUCUGGAGUUGCGGCGGAACCGCAGCAGGAACCGGACGAUGAUUUGGUGGGCGCCACUGCUGAGGACAAUAUUGCCGAGGAGAUCCACGGCAUAUGCGAGGAUAUGUUGCUAUACAACCCUGAUGCCCUACUUUCCAAAUUGGCGACGUUCAUCAUAGAGAUUUGCAAGCGCCCAGGAGAAUUUCGGGAUCCUAAGUUGCAGCAGGCGACCACCUUGGCUCUGGCCCGUCUAAUGACCGUGUCCUCCAGGUUCUGCGAGUCCAACAUGAGCUUCUUAAUGAACAUCCUCAACCUAACAAAGAACAUACGGAUCAAGUGCAACACUGUGGUUGGCUUGUCGGAUCUGACUUUCCGCUUCCCGAAUAUUAUCGAGCCGUGGACCGGACACUUCUACGCCCAGCUGCACGAAUCGAACACCGAGUUGAGACUGACUGCUGUUAAAAUGCUCUCCCAUUUGAUCUUGAAUGAAAUGAUCCGCGUCAAAGGUCAAAUCGCCGACAUGGCCCUAUGCAUCGUGGAUGGAAACGAUGAGAUCCGCAAUAUCACCAAGCAGUUCUUCAAGGAGAUAGCAAACAAGUCGAACAUUCUGUAUAAUGUCCUGCCGGACAUCAUCUCACGGCUGGGUGAUAUCAAACUUGGUCUCGACGAGGACAAGUACCGUGUGAUCAUGUCCUACAUCCUUGGCCUCAUCCAGAAGGAUCGCCAGAUCGAGACGCUGGUCGAGAAGCUGUGCUUGCGUUUCCCGGUGACUCGUGUGGAGCGGCAGUGGCGUGACAUCGCCUACUGCCUGGGCCUACUCACAUACAAUGAGCGAGCAGUGAAAAAGCUAAUGGACAACAUACAACACUUCAGAGACAAGGUUCAGGUGGAUGAGGUUUACCAGUCCUUCAAACUGAUCAUCAGCAACACUAACAAGCUGGCGAAACCGGAGCUCAAAGCAGUGGUCACCGAGUUCGAGAACCGACUGAACGAGUGCCUGCAGGUCAAUCCGGAUUCAGGUGCGCAACCAGGCGAACAGGGCUCUAGCACUGCGGAAGGUCAGGCGAAUAGGACCAAGCCGGGCAGGCCAAAGACUGGUGGUCGUAAGCCGGUUGCCGCCAAGAAGGCUUCUGGACGGGGACGCGGAAGACGUGCUCGCCAGGAUUCGACCUCAGAAGAAAGCUACAGUAGCGAUGAUUAGUUUUGCAGACAUAUUUUUCUAGGAUUACGCCCUUUUUAGGGAUUUUUAUGAUGUACAAACAUCGGUUUUAAUAAAAAUAGUUAUUAAGUACUGGA